AUGAGCCUGGCCGCUGUUGGCAGAUUUAAGGUCCGCUGCGACGCCAGAUUCAGCGUGAGCAAUGUUCACCCCGGUGUGACUUUCGUGUACUGCUCUAGUUUGGAGAACGUAGGGUCUGCUAGAUUCCAUUGGAAAACCCAUUUCUGUAUUGUUUUUUCCGGUGCACCGGGGGAGUCCCCCAAGGAGAGGAGGCGUCAGGGGGCCAGAUGUGGGUUACACGCCUGGUACAGCCCCAACUCAGACAUUUCCAAAAACCCUGUCGUUUGGCACUUCACGGGGAAAGAAACCAAGCAGGUGAUCAGCUUCAGCUCCGGCGAGGUUGGUUACGGCCAGAACGAGUUCACCAAAAGAGUGGGCUUCAGCGCGGCCAUGCCCUCAGCCAACCUGUCCAUCUACAUCAACAACACCCAGGAGUCGGACUCUGGGGCCUACCUAUGCACUGUCAUCAUCCCUGGAAGUCCUGUCCUUUUGGGAAACAUCCACCUUAACGUCAAAGUCCCUCCUUCUCCCCCAGUGUGCGCCAUGACAGGGAACCCAGUGGUGAAGGGCAACGUGACUCUGAGCUGUAAGUCCAGUCAUGGAAAACCCGUCCCUCAGUACAAAUGGACCAAGUCUGCACCUAUGUCUGAGGUCUUCUUCUCCCCAAUGCAGAAAUGGAGAGCCUGCCCCCAGCCCAUGCUUGUCCUUGGGUUCAUGGAUGAGAGGCACGGCACCCUCAGGCUGAGCAACCUCACUAAAAGCAUGUCAGGGAAGUACAUCUGCCGAGCCAGCAACACUGCCGGGUCCGACAGCUGCUCCGUUAACCUGGAGGUCAUCACCUCUUCCAAUGCAGGCAUGAUUGCAGCAGCUACGCUGGGGUCAAUAGUGGGCCUGGUGGCCAUGGUGCUCUUCCUCAUAUUCAUACUGAGAAGACGGGGGGACACUGAGGAGGAGAUGGCCAACGAGAUCAAGGAGGAUGUCAGGCACCAAAGCAGUGUCCGGGGCAAAGGUAACAGGGCUAGAAAAUUUUCCGAACAACGCUGUCCUCCAUAGCCCCACCCGACCCCAAACCCGAACCCCCAAAAAUCCCCAUACCCGACUCCCCCAACAUAAACUCAGACGCCCGGCUCGGGAAUCAAUCCCUACCACGGGCCCGGGAAACCAUUGUUGGGGAUUUCCGGUUACAACAUUGGGGAACCCCCGUCACGCAAACACAAGCGCUUCCAGUCAAGGGGGCCCCCUUCGAUUUUUAAAGGGGGCUUU